GAACUUUAAAUUUAAUGACAACCGUCUCCGAUGCAAUAAGACUUUCAUGAGACUGCGUGUUAAUUAAAAUGCAAAAAUUAACACAUGUAGAAGGCACUGCUUUAACUGACCCUGUAAUAAAAAUGCUAUUUCAAAGCCGUAUUAUCACAAUAUUAGAUUUUCUUCAAGAAGAUGUUGAAAAAUUAGCAAACAUAUGCAAACUAAGCAUACCACAAAUUUUGGAAGCAAGGAAUCAAAUAUUAACGCAGUUUUCUGCGCCGGUGAUUAACGGUAGCUGUUUUAUCGAUAAAAUCCGAAAAGGCACAAUUAGUAUUAAGUCCGGAGUAAAGAAUUUAGAUAAUAUGCUCAAUAGAGGAAUCCCAGCUAAGACGAUUACAGAAUUAUGUGGAAUAGCAGGCUCAGGUAAAACACAGUUAGCCCUACAAAUAGCUAUUAAUUGUGCAAAAGAGACUCACAAAACAGUGUUGUAUAUUGACACCAAAGGGGAUUUCUCAGCUCUUAGAAUUCAAAAGAUAUUAGAAAAAUGUCAAUACUCUUUUAAGGAAGUUGCAGCCAUAAUGAAUAGAAUUCACAUAAGCUAUAUUUGGACAAUGGAAGAACUGGUGAACUUGUUUAAAAACCUGAAGAAUGGAGAAUUAGUAAUAGAUAAUUUGAUGUUGCUGGUCAUAGACUCUUUACCUUCCCUGAUGUUUCAAUAUCUUGGUGAAGAUAAUAAACUAGGUUUAUCAUUAUUAAAUUCGUUUGUGAAUUAUAGUCGGUUUAUAUGCAAACAGCUGAAUAUAGGAAUAAUCUGUAUAAACAUGCAAACAAGAUGGGUGGACCAGGAUUUAACAGAUGUGGAAGAUGAAGAAAAUUCCACUGCGUACAAGGACUCUUUUACAGAAAAACGGUACCGUUGCUUAGGAAGGUACUGGCAACACAUACCUACAUUAGUGCUUGAACUGGAAAGAAUAAAAGAAAAUGACAAUGAAAACAACUCGGGUAUAAAAGUAACAGUAUUACACUCUAUCGAUAGUGGCUAUGAAAACCGUCAUUGUAUUUUAUGUGUGGGCGAGUCUGGAGUCACGUAAAAACAUAAAAUAAACAACUUACAAAAAACA